UAACAAUUUUGCAUUGAAAAAUAUAAUACUCCUUAUAGGAAAAGGGUUUAUGGAUUAAAUAAAAUUAACAAGAAAGAAAAACGAUUCGCACGACUCGGACCAACAACAACUGCGAUUAAAUUCAUUCGUCCACUAUUAUUACGAUCAACAUCAUUCCCCUCCGGCGCAUUUUAGCAUGGAAGGCUCAAAAGACCCAAUUUCAGAUUCAGAACUCGAACUCUACACCAUCCCAAGCUCUUCAAAAUGGUUCGCGUGGGACGAAAUUCACGAAACAGAGAAAACCGCAUUCAAAGAGUAUUUCGACGGAACUUCAAUAACACGAACACCGAAAAUCUACAAAGAAUAUAGAGACUUCAUCAUCAACAAAUAUCGUGAAGAACCUUCUAGAAGGUUAACAUUCACCGAGGUACGAAAAUCACUCGUCGGUGACGUCACUUUCUUGAACAAGGUUUUCCUUUUCUUGGAGUGUUGGGGUUUGAUUAACUACGGUGCGCCUUCUGCUGGUAACGAUGGGGAAGCGGAGAAGGAACAUGAAAAGGAGAGGUGUAAGUUGAAGGUUGAGGAAGGUGCUCCUAAUGGGAUUCGUGUUGUUGCUACACCGAAUUCGUUGAAGCCGAUUUCAUUGCCGCGGGAUACGAAGAUUGCUGCUGGUGGUGGUGAUGAGAGUGGGGCUGGUGUUAAAAUUGCGCCGCUGGCGUCAUAUUCAGAUGUUUAUGGUGAUUUGAUUCGACGUAAAGAGGUCAAUUGUGGGAAUUGUGGUGAUAAAUGUGGCUCUGGACAUUACCGAAGUACCAAGGAUAAUUUCAUUAUUUGCACGAAAUGUUUCAAAAACGGAAAUUAUGGGGAGAAAAGGUCCAUGGAGGAUUUCAAAUUAAACGAGUCAAGUGAAAUUAGUGCCAACCACAGUGCUGUCUGGACUGAGGGAGAAACUCUUCUUCUUUUAGAAUCUGUUUUGAAGCAUGGGGAUGACUGGGAACUUGUUGCUCAAAGUGUUCGAACCAAGACUAAACUUGAAUGUAUUUCAAAACUCAUUGAGCUGCCCUUUGGGGAGCUCAUGUUAGCCUCUGUUCGCCGAAAUGAUAACAGUAAUAGUGUUACUGGCAUUGUGAACAACAGAAACCAAGUUCAGGUAUCUUCAUCCGAUCACCAAGAAACUUCAAUGACACAGGAUCAAUCUUCUGAGCCUAAAAAUGAAGUUGAGCAGAAUGGAGAUGCUGUGAAUGAAAAUCCUUCAAAAAGGCGGCGGGUCUCCACACUUUCAGAUUCCAGCAGUUCACUAAUGAAGCAGGUGGGUCUGCUCUCAACUGUGGUUGACCCUCAUGUCACAGCUGCUGCAGCUAGUGCUGCUAUUACAGCACUUUGUGAUGAGAAUUCGCUCCCAAGGGACAUAUUUGAUGUUGAAGAGGAUAAUGCUUCAGCAAGGGCUCUCGAGGCUGAAGGUUUAGAGAUGGUGGAGGGGUCCACUCAAUCAGAAGUAAAAGAUGACAUACCAUUGACACUACGUAUAAGAGCUGCCAUUGGAACGGCUCUUGGGGCUACUGCUGCACGAGCAAAGUUGUUGGCGGACCAAGAAGAUAGAGAGAUUGAACAUUUAGUAGCAACUAUAAUUGAAGCUCAGGUUGAGAAGUUGCAACAGAAGGUUAAACAUUUUGAUGAACUGGAGCUUUUGAUGGAGAAGGAACACGCUGAAAUGGAAGAGCUGAAAGAUUCUAUCUUAACUGAACGGAUUGAUGUGUUGCGGAAGACAUUUAAAUCUGGUGUCGCUAGAUGGAAGCAUUAUCCUUCUCUAAAAUCUUAGAGACAAGUCUGAGUGUAUCUGUAUAGUUAUGGUUCUGUGGCGUAUGAUUCUACUAUCAUUUUGAUAUCAUUCUGAUAAGUACGGUAAAAUUUACACAAUACCGUUGUACACUGUUAAAUGUUAAAGCGUUUAGAAAGUUUUUAUUUGGACAAA